CUCCACUCAACCCUCUGUCGUCCGUUUCAUCGCCCUCCACAAUGUCCACCGCUCCUCCCCCAACUGCCACCGGCUCCAGCAAGGUCGACGCCGCCAAGGCCAAGCUUGCUGCCAUGCCUGCGCCUGACGCGCCUACCGGUGUAUCUCUGUACUCGCGCUUCGCUUUCGCUGGUGCCGUCUGCUGCUCCAUCACUCACGGUGCUCUUACCCCCGUUGAUGUCGUCAAGACCCGUAUCCAGCUUGACCCCGUCACCUACAACACUGGUCUGAUCGGUGGUUUCCGCAAGGUCAUCGCCAGCGAGGGCGCUGGCGCCGUCUGGACUGGUUUCGGUCCCACCGCCGCCGGCUACUUCCUCCAGGGCGCCUUCAAGUUCGGAGGAUACGAGUUCUUCAAGCAGCAGGCCAUCAACACCCUCGGCUACGAGACCGCCUCCAACAACCGCACUGCCGUCUACAUUGGUGCCGCUGCCUGCGCUGAGUUCAUCGCUGAUAUCGCCCUCUGCCCUCUUGAGGCUACCCGUAUCCGUCUCGUUUCCGACCCCAAGUUCGCCAACGGUCUGAUCGGUGGUUUCAGCAAGAUCCUCUCCACUGAGGGUGUUGGUGCUUUCUACUCUGGAUUCGGUCCCAUCCUGUUCAAGCAGAUCCCUUACACCUGCGCCAAGUUCGUCGUCUUCGAGAAGGUCAACGAGGCCGUCUACACCAUCGUCGACAAGAGCAAGACCUCCAACGGCAUGCAGACCGUCUACAACCUCGGUUCCGGUCUCGUCGCCGGUUUCGCUGCCGCCAUCAUCUCCCAGCCCGCUGACACCAUGCUGUCCAAGAUCAACAAGACCAAGGGUGAGCCCGGUGAGGGCACCACCAGCCGUCUGAUCAAGAUCGCCAAGGAGCUCGGUCUCCGUGGCUCUUACAGCGGUAUCGGUGCCCGUCUUUUCAUGGUCGGUACCCUGACCGCUGGUCAGUUCGCCAUCUACGGCGAUAUCAAGAAGGCACUUGGCGCCACUGGCGGCGUUGAGAUCGCUAAGACCAACUAAGCGGUCGGUUUUGGAGAAGAGGUGGUGCAGCGAUGAUACCAGGACAGCCACGACAUUGGGUCUAAGAAGGGAGACUUUGUAGUGCACGGAAAAGUCUUUCUUUUUUGCAUAUGGCUGGCAUGGAUAUAUUCCCAUUUUCUGUUCAUGUGUUUGCGUUUUAUUUGCCGCUUAGCUACUUGUACGUUCAGCCAGCCAGAAGUGGCACUUGUAACAGUACGGUUUUAUGAGAUUAGCUGCACAAUAGACGGAGCUCUUAAUGACACAACCUGC